AAACUUUGAGAAUAAAAAUUAGUUAUCAUGUUUUGUGCUCGGUGCAAUAGUGAGGUGAAUGACUGUGCCCAAUGCACAACGUGCAAUAAAUUAAUUGGAUUUUGUUGUGCCGGAGUAACCGAAGUCGGUUACCGUAAACUAGGUGCGCGUAGAACUCAGUGGAAAUGUCCAGAUUGUCGAGUUUUAGAGCAGUCAUCGCCGCUCAAAAGUACAGAGGCCGCUUCACUCGAUGCCAUCAUGCUGGAAAUAAAAUCCAUUCAGCGCCAGCUUGAGGGCAUGCCGGGCCUUGUGCGUGAUGUCAAGGAUAUAAAGAAGGAAAUCGACGAACUUAGAAAAACCUGCGAUUUCAACAGCGCAUCGCUAGACGAUCAUAAACAGCGGUUGGACAAAGCUGAGAGCAAGUUAUCGGAAUUGACGGGUAUUAAAAGCGAUAUUCAGUCUAUAAACAAAGAACUGGACACCCUCAAGAGCGAAAAUGUAAAUAAGGACCAGUGGCAGCGUCUUAACAACGUUGAGAUAAAAGGUGUACCCUUAAAGCAAAACGAAGAUUUAUUCAAAAUCCUCGAUCAGAUAUCAAUAGCGAUUGGCUACCCAGUCCAGAAAACAAGCAUUAAUUACAUUUCGCGGGUGCCAACAUACAAUAAUAAGGAGAAACUGAUCAUUGUAGGAUUUAUCAACCGCUACAUAAAAGAGGAUUUUGUCGCUUCUGCUCGUGCAAAAAAGAAACUUAUUGCUAGCGAAAUCGGCUUUGUUGGGAACGCGCAGAAUAUCUUCCUAAAUGACCAUCUUUUUUUUUUUUUUUUUUUAUUGGAAAAAGCGAGGACGCCUAAUCGUCUAGCUGCAGAUUUGGCCAGAGAUUCAAUAUACGCCCCAAAGUUCAGGUUAGACGAGAUACUCGUGCCAAGUUGCGUUCUUGCACCGACUCUGUUUGCACUUUAUUUCGCAUUUGUUGUCCGGGAGUCUAUGAAAAACUUGUCAGAAGGCAUAGGCAUUCGGUUCCGCAUGGAUGGAGGACUUUUCAACAUUUCAAGGUUUAGAUCCCGUACCAAAGUAUCCUAUGCUGUCAUGACAGAAAUUAUGUACGCGGAUGAUUUAUGCUUUGUCUCAAAUUCAGCGGAAGGUCUACAAAGAUUAAUGUCGAGUCUUCAUGAUGCUUGCACUACAUUUGGUCUUAAAAUAAAUGUCAAAAAGACGGAAGUCAUGGUCAACGUCCCUGACAACGAACCAAAUGCGAGUGUAUGUAUCGGUGACGAGAUGUUGAAGCGGGUGGAGAGGUUCAGGUAUCUUGGUAGCACGAUAACAGCAAAGUACGACCUAGAUGCUGAAAUAAAUGCUAGAAUUGGUGCUGCAGCUGUGGCGUUCGGGAAACUCCGGCCAAAGGUAUUUCGCUCCCAUGACCUGAAGCUCUCCACUAAAAUUAGUGUAUACAUGGCAGCGGUGCUGCCGAACCUGCUGUACGCAUCUGAGACAUGGGUCCUUUACCGUAAGCAUAUACGUACAGUUGACAGAUUCCACCUUAAAUGCCUCCGAGAUAUUAUGAAUAUCAAAUGGACGGACCGGGUCAGAAACACAAACGUCCUGAGGCGCGCAAAUGUCGGAGGCAUUGAGGUGUAUCUGAUGAGGCGGCAGCUGCGGUGGUGUGGGCACGUGUCUCGGAUGUCAGAAGACAGAGUGGCGAAGCGUAUCUUCUUUUCAGAACUCCAGAAUGGUAGGCGUAAAAGCGGUGGCCAGUACUUACGAUAUAAGGAUGUUCUGAAAAGACAUAUGAAGAGAUGCCAACUAGAGCCCUCUGACUGGGAGCGGAAGGCAGCGCAGCGGCCCGAAUGGCGGCGCCUCAUUAAUGAUAGAGUUAACAUUUUUGAGACGGAACGCCGCAGUGAGCUCGACAAAAAACGUGAUGAGCUUAAGGCUCGGCCGCCAACCUCAAUUUCCUACAACUAUGUAGGUGGUGUGCUGACGUGCCCAAAAUGCGCUCGAGUAUUUAGCAAGAAGAUAGGGUACGUGAGCCACCUAAGAGCGCAUCAGAGAGUGGAUCAGCUACACUCUAAUAACACGAGCUAAAAAUUGCCUAGUCCAGAGCACACAGUCGCUGGGGCCGAAAUCGGUCAGGAAAGCAU